AUGGUGAUCGUAACCAGGGGGGACUACAUCUGGAUUGAGCCAGUCUCAGGCCACGAGUUCGAUGUGGCCAUUGGGGCGCGAGUCAUCUCUGCUGAGGGCCGUCGCAUCCAAGUCAAAGAUGAUGACGGCAAGGAACAAUGGCUCACGCCAGAGAGGCGCAUCAAGGCGAUGCAUGCCACCUCGGUGCAAGGGGUGGAAGACAUGAUAUCCCUUGGCGAUCUGCAUGAAGCUGGAAUCUUAAGAAAUCUCCUCAUACGUUAUAAUGAAAAUCUCAUCUAUACAUACACUGGAUCUAUUUUGGUGGCAGUCAACCCGUACCAAAUUCUACCAAUUUACACUGCAGAGCAGAUUAAGCUUUACAAAGAUCGUAAAAUUGGAGAGCUUCCACCUCAUAUUUUUGCCAUUGGUGACAACAGCUACACUCACAUGAAAAGAUAUGGACAAGAUCAAUGUAUCGUCAUCAGUGGUGAAAGUGGUGCAGGCAAAACAGAAAGCACAAAACUAAUUCUCCAAUAUUUGGCUGCUAUUAGUGGAAAACACUCUUGGAUUGAGCAACAAAUAUUAGAAGCUAAUCCAAUCCUGGAAGCCUUUGGAAAUGCAAAAACUAUUAGAAAUGAUAAUUCAUCAAGGUUUGGAAAAUACAUUGACAUUCAUUUCAACCAGCAUGGAGUCAUUGAGGGGGCAAAAAUAGAACAGUAUCUAUUAGAAAAAUCAAGAAUUGUCUCUCAGUCACAAGAUGAGAGGAAUUAUCAUAUAUUUUACUGCCUCCUAGCUGGUCUUAGUAAAGAAGAAAAACAAAGGCUUGAACUGGGUGAUGCCUCACAGUACCGAUACUUGACAGGGGGAGGAUCAAUCACCUGUGAGGGCAGGGAUGAUGCUGCAGAGUUUGCAGACAUAAGGUCUGCCAUGAAAGUGCUACUUUUCUCUGACCAAGAGAUUUGGGAAAUUCUUAAACUACUUGCUGCCCUCCUGCACAUAGGAAAUAUUAAAUAUAAGGCCUCUGUUAUUGAUAAUCUUGAUGCUACAGAGAUCCCAGAUUUAACAAUUGUUCAGAGAGUAGCCAGUUUACUCGGUGUGCCAAAACAGCCUUUGAUUGAUGCCCUCACUAGAAAAACACUGUUUGCGCAUGGAGAAACGGUGGUAUCCACUUUAUCUCGAGACCAAUCAGUGGAUGUCAGGGAUGCAUUUGUAAAGGGAAUUUAUGGAAGAUUGUUUGUUCUUAUUGUCAGUAAAAUUAAUAAUGCUAUCUAUAGACCUAAGAACUCAGCUCGCUCUGCCAUUGGUGUUCUUGAUAUAUUUGGUUUUGAAAACUUCCACACUAACAGCUUUGAACAGUUUUGUAUAAACUAUGCCAAUGAAAAUUUGCAACAGUUCUUCGUUCAACACAUUUUUAAGCUGGAACAAGAAGAAUACAAUCUUGAGGCUAUUAACUGGCAACAUAUAGAAUUUGUUGAUAACCAAGAUGCGCUUGAUCUCAUUGCAUCCAAACAACUCAACAUAAUGGCCCUUAUUGAUGAAGAAUCUAAAUUCCCUAAAGGCACUGACCAGACUAUGUUAGCCAAGCUUCAUAAAACCCAUGGAAGCCAUAGAAACUACUUGAAACCAAAGUCUGAUAUCAAUACAAGCUUUGGCUUAAACCACUUUGCUGGUGUUGUUUUCUAUGAUACGAGAGGAUUUCUUGAAAAGAAUAGAGAUACUUUCUCAGCAGAUUUGCUGCAGCUUAUUCAUAUAUCUAGUAACCGCUUCCUUCAGCUGCUUUUCUCUGAUGAUAUCGGCAUGGGCUCAGAAACUCGAAAAAGAACGCCUACUUUGAGUACGCAGUUCAAAAAGUCUCUUGAUUUACUAAUGAGGACGUUGAGCAACUGUCAGCCUUUCUUCAUUCGGUGUAUCAAGCCAAAUGAAUACAAAAAGCCUAUGAUGUUUGAUCGAGGAUUAUGCUGCAGACAGCUUAGAUAUUCUGGUAUGAUGGAAACCAUUAGAAUCCGAAGGGCUGGUUAUCCCAUCAGACACAGUUUUAAUGAGUUUGUGGAGAGGUAUCGAUUCCUGAUUUCUGGUAUUCCUCCAUCACACAAGACUGACUGCCGAGCUGCUACCGCACGCAUUUGUCAAGCUGUCUUGGGAAGGUCUGACUACCAGUUGGGCCGCACUAAAGUCUUCCUGAAGGAUGCCCAUGACCUGUUCCUCGAACAAGAACGAGACCGUGUCCUUACAAAGAAGAUUCUUAUCUUACAAAAAACCAUCAGGGGUUGGGUUUACAGAAGAAGGUACCAGCGCUUACGGGCCGCAGCGGUAACAAUACAGAGGUUCUGGAAAUCUCAUGCCCAGAGGAGGAGGUACCUCAGGAUGAGAGUUGGCUACCAACGGCUCCAAGCUGUUAUUAGGUCUAGGGUACUGUCUCACCGAUUCCGACACUUGAGAGGCCACAUAGUUGCCUUACAGGCCAGAGCAAGAGGCUACCUACUUCGACGAGAAGUGCGAGCUAAGCGAUGGGCGAUAAUCAAAAUUCAGGCUCAUGUAAGACGAAUGAUAGCACAAAGACGCUACCGGAAGUUACAAUAUGAGUUCUCUCAAAGGAGAGAAGCUCAGCGUCUGUUCAGAGAAGAGGAACAUCAGCUGAGGCAACAGGGAGUUCCAAAUGCCACAGAGAUAGCUAAACGAAAUUACAAGAAAAGGUUAGAGGAUCUUCAACUUGCUGUGGAGGAGCAGAGGCUUGCAGCCCAAGCUCGAACAGACGAGAGCAAACUCAUCAUUGACAAAGCUAUGCAACAGCAAGACAAACCACUGGACGACAGCCAAGUUGUGGAUGAGUUGUUCGGAUUUCUACCCAAGAGCUCAAGUGAAGCACCCUCUUCUGCUCUGUCUCAACCACCUUCAGCUUUCAAUGAUCUUCCUGUGCCAAAGGCAGAUCAAACAGAACUGAUUACUCCAAUGCAGAUUGUUAGUGAAGAUGAGGAAGACCUUUCUGAGUACAAGUUCCAGAAGUUUGCUGCUACCUACUUUCAUCCAUCUGUUAACCAUCAACACAGUCGUAAACCACUUAAACAACCUUUGCUUCCUCUCCAUACUCAAGGUGACCAGUUGGCUGCUCAAGCUUUGUGGAUCACCAUUCUACGUUUCACUGGUGAUUUGCCUGAGCCAAGGUUUCACACUAUGGAUCGUGACAAUACAUCGGUGAUGAGCAAAGUGACUGCAACUCUUGGUCGAAAUUUCAUUAGAAGUAAAGAGUUCCAAGAGGCUCAACUCAUGGGAAUGGACCCUGAAUCUUAUUUAAAGCAGAAGCCUCGCUCCAUACGACAUAAACUUGUGUCCUUAACAUUAAAGCGCAAACACAAGCUGGGAGAAGAUGUCCGUAGAAGAUUUCAGGAUGAGGAGCAUACAGCUGACAGUUAUCAAAGUUGGCUCGAAGCUAGACCCACAUCCAACCUGGAAAAGUUGCACUUCAUUAUCGGACAUGGUAUUCUAAGAGCAGAACUAAGGGAUGAAAUUUAUUGCCAAAUAUGCAAACAGCUGACAGGCAAUCCUCACAAGUCUUCACAUGCCCGCGGGUGGAUUCUUUUGUCUCUGUGUGUGGGAUGCUUUGCUCCCUCAGAAAGAUUUGUUAAUUAUUUGAGAGCAUUCAUCCGAGAAGGCCCUCCUGGUUAUGCCCCAUACUGUGAAGAACGUCUUAAGAGGACUUUCAACAAUGGCACAAGGAAUCAACCACCUUCAUGGCUAGAAUUGCAGGCCACUAAAAGUAAAAAACCAAUAAUGUUGCCAAUAACAUUCAUGGAUGGUAAUACAAAAACUUUGCUUGCGGACUCUGCUACAACUGCUAGAGAACUGUGCAAUCAAUUAGCUGAUAAAAUUGGUCUUAAGGACCAGUUUGGAUUUUCUCUCUACAUAGCUCUGUUUGAUAAGGUAUCAUCACUUGGCAGUGGAGGAGAUCAUGUCAUGGAUGCUAUAUCACAAUGUGAACAGUAUGCCAAGGAACAGGGAGCUCAAGAGCGUAAUGCUCCCUGGAGACUUUUCUUCCGUAAGGAAAUAUUUGCCCCCUGGCAUGAGCCUACGGAAGAUGCAGUUGCCACAAAUCUGAUUUAUCAGCAAGUCGUUCGAGGUGUGAAAUUUGGAGAAUACCGAUGUGAUAAAGAAGAAGAUCUUGCAAUGAUAGCAGCUCAGCAGUAUUUCAUUGAGUACAACUCAGAUAUGAACUCUGAACGUCUUCUGAACCUCCUUCCUAAUUACAUACCCGACUACUGCUUGAGCAAUGCAGAGAAAAGUGUUGAACGUUGGAAGCAGCUUGUAGUACAGGCUUACAAAAAGAGUUAUUAUUUGAAAGAACAGGUGCCAGUCCUGCGAGUUAAAGAAGAUGUUGUGAGCUAUGCCAAAUUCAAAUGGCCUCUUCUGUUUUCAAGGUUUUAUGAAGCAUAUCGUAAUUCUGGUCCCAACUUGCCCAAAAACGAUGUUAUCAUUGCUGUAAACUGGACCGGAGUUUAUGUUGUUGAUGACCAAGAGCAGGUGCUGCUGGAAUUGAGUUUCCCAGAAAUAACAACUGUUUCCAGUCAAAAAACCAAUAAGGUGUUUACCCAAACCUUCACUCUUUCCACUGUCCGAGGCGAGGAGUUUACUUUCCAGAGCCCAAAUGCUGAGGACAUAAGGGAUCUAGUAGUUUACUUUUUGGAGGGCUUAAAGAAGAGAAGCACCUUUGUUAUUGCUUUGCAAGACUACAAAGCUCCUGGUGAAGGGUCAACUUUCCUAUCUUUCCAAAAAGGUGACCUCAUAUUUUUGGAAGAUGACAGUACUGGUGAGAAAGUGAUGAGUUCAGGGUGGUGUGCGGGUAGGUGUGAGAGAACAGCAGAGAGGGGAGACUUUCCGGCUGAGACUGUCUAUGUUCUUCCUGCACUUAGCAAGCCACCAAAUGAUAUUCUGGCAUUGUUCAGUCUUGAAGGAGCGGAACAUGGACGAAAACUGUAUCCAACACAAGUUAAUGGUACAGAGACACGAGAAAAGCCUUACAAUCUAAUGGAGUAUUCACUAGACCACUUCAGAACUCCACCAAAACGCACUAUGUCCAAGGCUCUCACUUUAACAACAGCGAGACGAGGCAAUUCUGAUGAACUUUGGCGCCAUUCACGUGAGCCAUUGAAGCAACCAUUGUUAAAGAAAUUGCUAUCCAAAGAUGAGUUAGCAGAGGAGGCAUGCUAUGCAUUCACUGCUAUGUUGAAAUAUAUGGGAGACCUUCCUAGCAAAAGACGUGUUGACACUGACCAGAUAUUUGAUGGCCCUUUGAAACAUGAAAUUCUCCGAGAUGAAAUUUAUUGCCAAAUCAUGAAACAACUGACUGACAACCGUAACCGUUUGAGUGAAGAAAGAGGUUGGGAACUUAUGUGGCUUGCAACAGGCCUCUUCGCUUGCAGCCAAAGUCUACUCAAGGAGCUAACUCAAUUCCUGCGCUCUCGACGUCAUCCAAUAUCUCAAGAUUCUCUGCAGAGGUUGCAGAAAACAUUGAGAAACGGUCAGCGCAAAUAUCCUCCUCAUCAGGUUGAAGUGGAGGCAAUUCAGCACAAGACAACUCAAAUAUUCCAUAAAGUUUACUUCCCAGAUGAUACAGAUGAGGCGUUUGAAGUGGACUCAUCAACCAGGGCAAAGGAUUUCUGUCAGAACAUAUCUCAAAGGCUGAAUUUGCGUUCAAGUGAAGGUUUCAGCUUGUUUGUUAAAAUUGCAGACAAAGUUAUUUCUGUACCUGAAGGAGAUUUCUUCUUUGACUUUGUCAGGCAUCUAACUGAUUGGAUAAAGAAGGCUAGACCUUCAAGAGAUGGAAUAACGCCACAGUUCACGUAUCAAGUAUUUUUCAUGAAAAAGUUAUGGACAAACACUGUGCCUGGAAAAGAUCGGAAUGCAGAUCUUAUAUUCCACUUCCAUCAGGAGCUGCCCAAACUUCUCAGAGGUUAUCAUAAAUGUAGCAAGGAGGAGGCAGCUCGUCUUGCAGCUCUUGUCUACAGAGUUCGGUUUGGAGAAAGCAAACAAGAACUGCAAUCUAUUCCACAAAUGGUCCGCGAACUGGUACCUGCUGACAUGAUCAAAAUGCAAAGCUCUAGUGAAUGGAAACGAGCAAUUGUUGCUGCAUAUAAUAGUGAUGCUGGAAUGAGUCCAGAGGAUGCAAAGAUUACAUUCUUGAAGAUCAUCUACCGCUGGCCUACAUUUGGAUCUGCAUUUUUCGAGGUGAAACAAACCACAGAACCAAACUGCCCAGAAAUGCUUCUGAUUGCCAUAAACAAGCACGGAGUUAGCCUUAUUAAUCCAGUUGACAAGGAAAUUGUUGUUACUCAUCCAUUUACCCGUAUCUCAAAUUGGUCAUCUGGUAAUACAUACUUCCACAUGACAAUAGGAAAUUUGGUUCGAGGGUCAAAACUACUUUGUGAAACAUCAUUAGGAUAUAAAAUGGAUGACCUACUGACAUCUUAUAUUUCUCUCAUGCUCACAAAUAUGAGUAAGCAGCGUUCACUGAGGAUCAAGUAA